UUUAAUUCAUAUGUAUGAGAAAGAUGAACAGCUCCAAGCAUCACGGAAAAGGCAAAAGAGGAGGAGGAAAUCGUGGUCAUCAUUAUCGAAAUGUGAAAUCAAAUCGCAAUUGCGAACGCUCAUUGGCACAAAGGGAAAGUGAGCUAGCUUCCAAUUCUGGCAGCGAAGACUCAUCCUCGAGUGAAUCGGCUAAUAUUGAUAAACAACAUGGUUCAGCUCCAGAUUUUCCUAUAGCAAUGUGGGACUUAAAUCAGUGCGACCCUAAGAAGUGCUCCGGAAGAAAAUUAGCUCGUUUAGGAUUAAUUGAAAACUUGCGACUUGGACAAAAAUUCGCAGGAUUAGUAUUGACGCCAGUUGGUGAGAGCUGUGUAAGUCCACAGGAUAGAGACAUUGUGCAGACAUCGGGGGUAGCUGUUGUUGACUGCUCGUGGGCGAAGUUGGAUGAAACUCCAUUUUCUAGAAUGAAAAGCCCCAAUCCGCGUCUCUUGCCAUUCCUUGUGGCUGCCAAUCCUAUAAAUUAUGGAAAACCAUGUAAACUGAGCUGCGUGGAAGCAAUAGCAGCAACUUUAUAUAUAUGUGGCUUCAUCUCGGAAGCAGAGUGGUAUAUGGGGAAAUUCUCAUGGGGUCAUUCAUUUUUGGAACUGAAUGAGACGUUGCUCAAAAGGUAUGCAGCAUGUAAAACUAGCGAAGAGAUUGUUCACGUUCAAAACACUUAUAUAAGCGAAGAGCAAGAGGCUAGAAAUAAACCUAAAGACUACAAAGAAUUUUAUCCUACCAGCAGCAGUAGUAGUUCGGACGAAGAUUGUUAGGUCAAAAAGGAUUAUUUUUUUAUAUGAAAAAUUGUUAUACCUUUAUGAAGUACUACAAAUAAGAAAUAAAAUGCAAUUUUUUAGUGAUUGAUUGACUAA